AUGGACGUGAGCCGGGUGAUACUGCAGGGGACAUGUCGGCGUGUGGUGUCUCUUUCUGGGGCUUCUACGCUGCUGAAGACAAGAGAGUUUGGCGUUCGUUUGUCUCCUCACCAGCGGCGUUCUAUGGAGAUGCAGCUGCCUGAAAGCCGCAUACUUGUGCAUAUAGAGAUAAAAGGAAUACAGCAGCAGCAGCAGCAGCAGCAGCAGCAGGGGAUGAUGCUGCAGCAGCAGCAGCAGCAGCAGAAGAAGAAUAGGGGUGAUAGUGGUAGUUCUAUUGUUGCUGCUGCUGCUGCUGCAAGUGCAGCAGCAGGAAGGAUACAGCAGCAGAAACAACAGCAGCAGCAAGACCAGCAGCAACAGCAGCAACAGCAGCAGCAACAGCAGCAGCAGCAGCAGCAGUUGUCUCCUGCUGCUUCUAGCUCUAGAUAUCCCCCUUCUUACUUUAUAAGUAAACAGUUUCUUAGUGAGCAUAAAGAGACAGAACCCUUCACUGCUGCUGAUGCUGCGCUGCUUGUCUCUCAUAGAAUCAGAGACCAACACAGACACGUGUGGGGUGCAGCGCGAGUUGUUCUGUGGGAGGUAGAAGAAACUAAUAACGAUAUCAAUAGCAAGGGCUCCGUGAAAGAAGAGCCUUCAUCUGGGCGAUCAGACUUUCAGACUUGGAAAAUUUUGGUGGCGGUGUUGGUCCCCUCUUUUGUGGUUGGGGCUUUGGUGGUUGCUUCGUGGCACUCUACAUCUAUAUGCAGCUGCAGCGCAGCAGCAGAGCAGCAGCAGCAGCAGCAGCAACAGCAGCAGCAGCAGCAGCAGGGGAGGGAGCAGCAGCCAGCAGCAAGAGCGGCAACAGCAGCAGGAACAGACGCAAAACCGCACACGUCCUACUCUUGUACUUUCUAA